AUUUGUCAUCCAUGCCUGUAGUACACGUGGACGAUUUGGAUUGGCUAAAAAAAUCAAAACACUGAUAGAGAGACAAAGUUGUACAAAUUCCAGAAGUAUAUUUGCAACUGUAGUUUCCUCUGUGAAAACCCACAUUUCUCUCAAGAGCGACCUGGAGAGAAGAAGAAGAAGAAAACCUACUAUUGCCCUACAUUGAAGAAGAUAGCUUACAGAAGAGAACUCAGUACUCUCUCUCUCCCUUUUUCUCUCUCAUUUGGGGUAAAUUUGAAGAAGAAGAUGGUGGGAAUAGUGAAGAACCAGUCAUCUCAUUGGUGGUGGCUUGACCAUCAGAGCACCUCAAAACGAUCUCCAUGGCUUCAAUCCACUCUUGCAGAUCUAGAUCACAAGACAGAGUCAAUGCUAAAAUUUAUUGAGACGGAUGCCGACUCCUUUGCCCAACGUGCAGAAAUGUAUUACAAAAAGCGGCCUGAGCUAGUUAGCAUGGUUGAAGAGUUUUAUCGAACCCAUCGCUUAUUAGCAGAGAAGUAUGAUCAAGUAAAGUCAGAUUCUGGAACUCGGGUAGUGACAUCUUUAAGGUCCCCAUUCUCUUCAACCAAAUAUCAAGUAGAGAAGCCGGUGAGUGUGAUCCCCUAUCAGACCUAUGAUAGCUACUCUGAAACUUGUGACACCGAAGAUUUUGCUGAAUCAGAAGUCGAUGAUCCUGAGCUGGAAGAAGAUGAGCAGGAAUGUGAAACCGCACGAAUUCAUGAAGAAACUGAAGAAGUGAAAUGUUUGGGUGGGAUUGAUUAUGAAGAACUGAGAAAGUUGAAGGAAGAAGUGGAGAGACUUCAGGAGGAGAACAAAGCUCAAAAGGAUCAAUUAAAGCAGAAAGAUGAUGAGAAGAGACAGGUUAUAAGGCAGCUUAGUAUGGCAGUUGACAUGCUCAAGGAAGAGAAUUUGAAGCUGAGGAAGUGUCUUGUGAAAGACUCCCCCAAAAGGCAGAGUAGUCCCUUUGAGUUUAACAAAUUAAAGGAGUCUUUUUUGGGGAAGAUGUUUAAGAAUGGGUCUCCUCCAAAGUAUCCUAUUGUUGCUCUUUAGACAUAACAAGUAUGCAAUUAGCGUAGUAUGUAGAGCACCAGUCUUAUACUAAAGAUGUCCAUAGCCUUAUACUACAUGGGGUUUGGCCCCUGAACUCAGAGUUAGAAAUACAAGUUUUUUUUUUACCUUUUUCUUUUAUUAGCUUCCAUCAUUGUUGAUAGUUCUAUUGGUGUUUAUCUAUCUUGCAUGUAAUUCAAUUUAUUGCUAUAUUAAUUUCUUUUAUCUUGGUGUUAA